AUGUCAGAAACUCUUGCCAUGUUCCUAGAUGAGGACUUUGACCCCGCCAGUUAUGUAGACGCCGUGUUCAAUUCGGUUUUGGCAGCCCAAUCCACAUCCUUACCGUCUCUGGUUUACAAUGAGAAAAAUCUCCAUAAAUUACAAAGUAGAUGUUCUACCCUUGUUAGUCAUCUUGAUUUCUAUACCAAUGAACUUUCGUCGGAAUUGUCGGGCAACAUUGAAAAGCUCAAGGAUACAUCUACUAUUGUUUCUUCAGGACUUUCAUAUGAUCAAGUUGAAAUCACUAGACUUCAAUUUUAUAUCAAGUCCUUAACCAAUGCGGUGGUUUCCUUACAACAAGAAGUCCUGGGAGUAGUUCCCGCAGCACAAGAAAAGGCUUCCUUAGCCUCAGAUCCAGAUGGACCCGUAGAAAAACUCACGCUGUUAAAGCAAGUGAAACAACGUUUGGGACAGGUUCUUGAAGUAUUUGAGCGGAUCAAUACUCUUCUUGAUAUGUCAGCUCAACUGGAUCAUCAACAAGCCACGUCUACAACCAUCUACAGGGCCACCACCCUCGACCAAUUCACAGAAUCAAUGGAUAUGCUCCAGGAAUCCAUAAGGCAAGAAUUGGCUGAUCAAGAUUUCUCCCAAAUUAAUUCUGAAUUAAUUGGCAACAUCGACAGUUUAUCGUCCAUGUUGCCAUUAUUCCAGGGAACACCUUUCCAUGCAGUGUAUAAACGGUUCAUUUCAAGAAUAUUGGCCGACAAGGAGCGGUACCUAAGUAUGAGAAAGAAAUAA